AUGACUCCAUGGGACACACACCAGCCGAUGGUUGCAGGUGAUACCACAUUCCGCACCGCUUCCUAUUAUAUCUCAAUGUCCGACCAUUCAGGCACGCAUGUUGAUGCUCCGAAACAUUUUGACCCGGCCCUGGAUGCCCUUUCUGUGGAUGAAAUGCCAUUGAGCGAAUUCUAUACCGAAGGUAUCUGCCUAGAUCUCAGUCAUGCGGAACUCGGCGCAGCUAUUGGCAUUGAGGAAAUGGAAUUUGCCCUCCUUGCUUCUAGGCAAGAAAUAAAGCAAGAUGACACAGUAUUAUUGUAUAUGGCGUGA